CAAUAAACUGAUCGCCGCGCGCUGCUUAUCUCAUAACUUAUAGAACAAACUAAACUUCCUGAUUGAGUACGAAAAUCGAUCGUCCUUUGAGUGUCGUUAAUCAAAGACAGAUUGCCCACGUGAUAUAAAUUUGUAUGUUUCCAUAUAAUAUAGAAACAUACACGUUACCGCUGCUUUUUGGAGAAUGAAGUCACACACCAGCGCAAUAUCUUCUACAUGCCGCCUGUUUAUCCUCGGAUUUACACUCAUUCAAGGAUAUGAUGCAUUUGCAUAUGAAGACAUUCUGACGUCAAAUCCUUCAUGCUAUGGGGCGACUUUCGAUAGUUUUGUAAAUGCCGAUUGUGGAUAUAAUUCAAGACUCAUCUUUCCAUUAGAAGUAUUCGUCGGUGCAAAACCAAAUUCAACAGGAUGUAAGACAUACGAUGAUGAAUACGGUGAAAAUGAUCCGCUACGAGAGCAAUGUUGUGGACAUAUAGAUGGAGAUCAUGAUUGCAGGGAUGAGUACGAUGGCGAGAACAGGACAGUGUUCAUGACAAACUGUGUUGGACGAAACAAAUGUGAACAAACGCGGACAGUGUGGAAGUCAACCAUCGACAUGGGCUGUAACGUCAGUGAAACGUACAAAGAGGUCUCAAACUAUGCUUAUUUGGAAUAUUACUGCAUAGCAAAAACACGGAUGGGGACACCCAUGAAAGAUUUGAAACUUCGAAGUAGAGGUAAUCUGUUGUAUCUGACUGCGGGUAGUGUGGACGCUUAUUGGGACGGUAUAUUGGAGAACAAUGUGACAUGUAGUGUUAAAACAUCCAAUAAAUCGGUUGUCGAAGUUUGGACCAUGGAUGUUCGCCUUAACAUGUCCACAUUACAGCACGUGGAAAUCGAUAACGGAGCUUCACUAAAGAUUCUAGAUAAUUCGUACAACAACUCUUUCCAUCCGACAUUGAUUCUAAACGACACGUCCAGCGUCAACAUCACGCUCAAAACGAACAAGCAUAACGCUGAAUUUAUAUGGCUUGGGUUUAGAGCGAAUUCAAGUAACGAUUUUGUUGAGAUAUCCUGCGAUGAAAGUGGUCGAUUUUACAUAGCAGACCAGGAUGUACCAUUAUCAGAAGCAGAAAAGACAAUCGGACUAAUGAUAGGGAGUGCUGCAGGUGGACUGUGUUUUUUAGCAAUCUGUAUCAUCUUAGGCAUAGUAAUCUACAGGAGAUACAGAUUUAGAAAGGUUGGAGAGGAAAUUAAAAACCUUCCAGAAAAUGAAGAGAUAGAGUAGCGGCUGUGUCAUUCAUUAGAGACAAUGUGUCAAGGACACAUUGAUGUGACCUCAGUCAUGAUGUACAUGCAUGUUCUCAGCAUUGUAAAUGUUUUAAUGGUCAAUUUGGUACAUUCGUGUUUUACUUUCAGGAAAGUGUCAGGUUUAUAUUCAAAAUCUGAAGUCACAGUCAACACCGGACUUGAUUCUUUUCAGAUUUCUAUGGUAACAAUUACUCUGGAUAUUCCGCAUUGUUAAACUAAGAUUUCUGUCAAAUAACACAGAAAUACGAUAGAUUGUGUGAAAAAUUUCACCGUUCAUUGUUAUGAUGAUACACUGUAUACGAAUAAUUGUUUUGUCGUGUACUUAUGAUCCAUGAUAAGAUGAGGAUAUUUGAAUUUACAGGGUAAUAAAAUGAUCUAAAUCAG